CCAGUCCUUGUUCUUAACUCGAAUGCAGUGUGCGUCGCUCCUCGCCUCGUUCUCGUCGGCGCUGAUGGCCACUGCUGCCCUCCACAACCACCGCCAUGCUGCCUUAUCACCAUCAGUUGCCUGUACCGGCUCAGAUCUGUCGCGAACAGGAAGCGCUGCCACUGGAUUGACCAUCAUCCCAUCUGUGGCCGAGACAGUGGAAGCCGCCGCUGCAGCGACCAUGCCGACCUCCGAGCUGACCCCGGCCGAGCUGCAGGCGCGUCAAGAGGAGGCUGAAGCUGCCGAGAACCACCGCAUCGCGACCGAGCCGCUGAGCCCGCGCGCCGAGGCCCAGCGCCAGGUUGUGCUCGAGACGAUCAAGCGCGCACGCGACUUCUCGUCGACCACGUCAUGGCUGCGAGACGACUAUGGCAACGAUGCGCACACACGCUGCGAAAUGAUGGUGACACUGGCCGCAUCCAAUGGCGACGCGUUCGAUAUUGGCAUGUCCGUAAUGAAGCUGUACGGAUGCCCAUUCCGUCGGGAAAACAUCAUGUGCAUGCCGUGCACGGGCAACAUUCACGGAGGUUACAUCCCAGGCACCGGUGUUCUAAUCUGCGAAAACCGCAUCAGCAAUGCGGCUACGCUGGCACGCACCUUGACACAUGAACUCGUCCAUGCAUUCGACGACUGUCGGGCCAAUGUGGACUGGACAAGUUGCGAGCAGCAAGCGUGCUCUGAGAUUCGUGCUGCUACAUUGAGUGGAGAUUGCGAUGUGGGUGCAGAGCUAUCGCGAGGCAAUCGACCACGGUUUGGCGGAUUUCAGGCCUGCGUCCGGAGACGCGCCAUCCUCUCAGUACAGGCAAAUCCCAACUGCCGAGGCGCUCGAGCUGUGGAAGCCGUCGAAAAAGUGUGGAACCCAUGUCAUUUCGACAACACUCCAUUCCCAGACAUUCAGCACACCGAUGCGCAGGUUUUGAAAUGAUUGCGUUUGUCGUCACGCUUCUUCUCGUGUUGUUGCUGUUGCUCUCAUCCAUCCUGCACGUCGAUUGUGAUGAUGAUAUUGAAUGGCAUUUGUUGGGCUUCUAUUGCGCACCAGCAACCCACAACAACAACGUGGAGUUUGGACGAGCUUGAGCAAACAAAGUUGUUAACAACAAACCAAAAAAAAACUAAACAUGUCUA